AUGUACCGAGGUGUUUUGUUCCUCGCGCUGGUGGCACUGGCCCGCGCCGAGGAGCGAGUCAAUUUCCAAAACUACAAGGUCUUCGAGGUGACGCCGCAAAACGACGAGCAGCUCGAUCUUCUCAAGGAGCUGGAACUCAAUUACAACGACUACGAGUAUUGGCGGCCUCCGGGCGCAUUGUACCAGCCAGCCGAGGUGAUGGUCGGCCCGAGUCGCGAGCCCGACUUGGUCCGGCUCCUCAGGGGCAACAACGUCACCCACCAGCUGCUCGUCGACGACCUCCAAGCUCUGAUAGACCAGCAAAAUCCCGCGACGACCUUCGCCUCGUCGAAACGCAGAUUCACCUGGGACAGGUACCACACCCUCGAGGAGAUCUACGCGUGGCUGGACACCCUGCCGCUCAAGUACCCCAACACGGCCCAGGUGGUUUACGGGGGUAGCACCUACGAGGGCCGUCGGAUCAAGGGAGUCAAGCUCACCUUCGACGUCCAAAUCAAGCCGGGGAUUUUCGUCGACGGUGGUACGCACGCCCGCGAAUGGAUAGCCCCGGCCACGGUGACUUAUCUGAUAAACGAGCUGCUGACCAGCGACGAGCCGGAGGUGCGGGCCCUCGCCAACGACUACUACUGGACCUUCUUCCCCGUCGUCAACCCCGACGGAUACGUCUACACCCACACCACGAACCGACUGUGGCGCAAGACCAUGUCCAGGAACUCCACGGUGUGCAGGGGCGUCGACGCCAACCGCAACUGGGACUACAAGUGGAUGAAGGGAGGUGCGAGCCAGAUCUCGUGUAUGCCCAACUACGCCGGUAGGAGGCCGUUCUCGGAGAUCGAGACGAAAUCGUUGUCGGACUACAUGAGGUACAUCCGCAGGGACCUGUUCGCUUAUGUAUCGUUCCACAGUUUUUCCCAGCUGCUCCUGUUCCCCUACGGCCACACCACUGCCCACCUGGAGAACUACGACGAGCUGAGCGCGAUCGCCAAGGCGGCGGUCGCGGCGUUGGCCAAGAGCCACGGGACCAAGUACAGGUACGGGGGAAUCGCGGAGACGCUGUACGUGGCCACGGGCUCGUCGGUCGACUGGGCCAAGGCCGUGCUGGGACUGCCCAUCGCCUACACGUACGAGUUGCGGGGGAGGUCGCCCAUACCGGGCUUCCUCCUACCCGCCAAGCAGAUCGUGCCCAACGGCGAGGAGGUCCUCGAUUCCUUGGUCGCCAUGUUCGGGGAGGCCAGGAAGUUUGGGUACCCCUAG